AUGACAACUCAACUCACUACUCUCACCAAAUUCUUCCGCGAUGUUCCACCUCGAAACCAACUCAUUCUAAUCGCAGUAACAAGUGCCGUCCUCGGUAUCCCAGUAUUACGCAUUGCCGUCGAGGACUAUCGUGGUUAUAUCGCUCUCGGGCCUGGUGGGCCGCCUCACAAUGUUAUCGGAUGGUUUGGACAGAUUCUGCUGAAACCGUUCAAGAAAGAACCUUUUCACACAAGUUGCUACGAUGAGAAAUCGUUCCAAAAGGCAGGUCCUAACGGGAAUGUUGCCUUCUUAAAGGAGGAGGAUGUUCCUAUUCGAGAAGUACCAAGACCAACAAUUGGAAGUUGGACAGCGCCGAGUCGACAGUUGACGGAUCUUGCGAGUAAAGAUAUAAUUGAACGCUUUCAAUCCUUCCUCUCCUCACUCGCGUCAGAGUCACCUUCCAAGCUCAAAAUCGCAACAUCUGUCGUCGAGCGGCACGGCCAGGCUCUCUUUGUAGCGUCAGAGAACCCAACUCACCCUGUUGCGAAGAGUAUGUAUGGAGAAAUUGGACACAUGCAUGGUAGCGACGGCUCGAUGCAUCUCAACUUGGCACCUCGGGAUGCCAAGUUGGUGCUGGAGAAGGGUUGGGGCCAACGACAUCCUCUGGGUGGUACUAUUUUGUACUUGGGAGAUGUUAUGGUUUAUGCUCCCAGGAAUGAGGAGGAGCUUGAGGUUGUCAAGAAGAUUACGAGGGCAGCUGCUAAGUUUAUGCUUGGAGAAGAGUCUUAA